AUUUUGGAAUAUGUAUGAAUAUAGUGUAUAGUAACCUAUUUAUUUUUACAGACGAUGAAUCUUUCGCCGUUAGUAAGUCCGCCUAGACCGAUGCGUCUGAGUUUCCCUAUAGUGGGUCAUUAUGACAAUGUACCCGGAAAGCCACAUACUAAUUGUGUAAUGAGUGCGCGUGAGUUCGAAUCCCGCCAUGCGGACCAGGCGAUGAGCGACCUGCCGGCGGUGUUCUCCGAGGUUUACGCCGUACAGCGCAUGAGCAGCAAGGAAAUCAAUAGGCAGAAAGAGCUGCUAGAUCUGUGCAGGGCAAAGCUGGCUGAAGUGGCGGAGCGGAAUGCAGACAUAGAAGCGGAAGUUGGCUGCGUGCGUAACAAGAUGUUUAUGAAGGAAGAAUGGAUCAUGGAAACGAACCAGCGAAUCAAACAGUUGGAUUCAGAAAUCACGGCGCUGGUUAAAGCCCGGAUUAAUCAGCAGCUGCAAGUCGAAUUGGCGGAAGAGGAGACCGAACUUGAAAUCAGGAAGUUGCGUGCACAGUGUGAGAAAAUGUCUGCGCAUGCGCAUGAAGUGGACGAGUAUGAGAAACUGCAUUCACCUGUUUUUCGAGAACUUCAACAGGCGAAAGAGGAUUUAGACAAGUUAAGACUCAGAAAGGCGGCCCUAGAUAAGGACUCGGGGGAGACAGCACGCAUCCUCACCGGUACAGUUGCUAUGGAGAUCCGGUCGGAGGUCCGGGCGCUACAGGAGAGGCUCCGGUACACGCAAGCCGAGGCUGAAAACCUGCGUCAAAAGAUAGCGGACGAGCGCGCCAAGCAAGGUCAGAUACGACAAACUAUGAAGGUUCUGGAGAAGCGGAACUGCGCCCAGCUGACGCGUGUACGACGUCAUGUGAAGGCAGUCACUGACCUGAACUCACAGCGGCGCGCGCAGAACAACAAACUAAGGGCCAGUGUCGAUAACGUCGCGCGAAAACUGCAGGAUGCGUGCUGAGACACCUGCUGAGAUAUGAUGUCACGAGAUGAUGUUAGAAUGUCGUAAUGUGUGUUGGUUAAGGUUGUUGGUUUUUUGCGACGUUGAUACACGUGUUACAGACAACGAUCUGUUGGAAAAUAACUGUUUAAUAAAGGCUGCUUUUUAAAAAUAGGUUUCCUAAAUUGUAAGUGUUAAGUGUUCUAUGAGUUAUAUAUACAAAAUGUAAUUAUGUUAAGCAGUACGUUAUUCGGUUUCAUAAUAAAAUAGCAUCGUUAUUAAAAUGUUU